AUGGAGGGAUUAAAUGGGACAGUGUUCCCUGAAAAGCGGUGGUCUGAGCAACAUAAGUGGCUGCUGGUCGCUGUGCUGGGUGUAGAGGUGGUGAUGGGAGUUGUAGGAAACAGUCUCGUUCUGAUCGUCAAAGUUAUGUGCAGGGGUCAGUUCUGCUCCCGUUACUGGUUUCCAUUCAUCAGUCUCACCAUGUCAGAUUUAGGUUGUUCACUUCUCAUUACGUCUGGCUCCAUGAUGGCUGCUCUGACAGAAGGUCAGAGGUCCCCAUGGUGUGAAGUUGUCAGCCUGCUGAAGUUUGCCUUCAUCACCUCAUCCAUUGGCAGCAUAGCUAUUCUCAGUGUGGAACGUCUCAUUGGCAUGCCAUCCAAAAGAGGUGCUCUGUUUGGUGCCAUGGCAGCUGCCUGUUUAAUUUCUUGGGUAACGGGGGUGGUGUUCGGGAGCAUCCCUGUCAUUUUUAACUGGGUCAAGUAUGAUCCUGCAGAAAUGCUGUGUGCUGUUUUCUGGGAAAGUAGCUACUCAGACAUGAUGACGUACAUCCUCUGUGCUUUUUCCAUCUGCAUCUUCCUUCCUGUCCUCCUCAUGCUUGUCUGCUCUGUAAGGAACGCUGCCAGCUUCUUCUCCAGCAACAGGCACACCAGUGAUGAAGAAGGAGAUCUGUCCGAGGUGGCCCCUCUGUUAGUGGCGUGUUAUAUGAUCUGCUACAGUCCUUUUUUUAUGUCUGAGCUGAUCCUGCUGGGUAGGAUGGACAUGACUCCGGCCCCAGACUGGUUAAGGACGCUGUCCUCAAUGAUGUCAUAUCUGGACUGCUGUUUAAACCCUCUAAUCUACUGUUCCCAUCAGAAUUUCCGUGAGGCUGGUCUGGCUCUCCUGUGGACCAGAAAACCAAGGAACCUAGAGUUAGAGCCUGUUCUCACUGCUAUAACUAUAACUGACCUGAGCAUGUGA